AUGAAGCUGAUGUUUCUGCUGAGGAUUGAUCAUUCAGUGUUACAAAGGAGAACCUCAGAUGCCCCUUUGUCUGGCGCUUCACACGUUUUACUGAUUGAAUAUGAGAAUGCUGCCAAAGUGCUCAAGAAUGAACAUUUUGAAGCUAAACUUGGCAAGGUCGAUGCAUCAGAAGAAAAGGAUCUUAUAGAAGAAUUCAAUAUUCAAGACUACCCAACUUUGAAAUUUUUCGUGAAAGGAGACAGGAAGAACCCAUUGAACUGCACAGGAGUAAGAACGGAUGUUUCCAUUAUCACCUGGCUGAAGAGAAGGAUUGGUGAUAGUGCUGUACGACUGACCAGUAUGGCUCAGAUUGAAGCUUUUAUUGACUCUGAAGAUGUGGUGGUAGUAGGUUUCUUUAAGGAUCUAAAAGGUAAUGACACCCAAACCUUUUAUGAGACUGCACAAGAUAUUCCUCAUCUUCCAUUUGGUAUCACAAACAGUGCAAAACAUUUUGUUAAGUAUGGCAUCACCAGGGAUACCGUCAUUCUGUUCAGAAAGUUCGAAGAAAAGCGUAUUGAUUAUGAAAUCACUGAUGAAAAUAGAUUGGAGAAAAAUAUUCUUAAUAAAUUCAUCAAAGUCAAUGAGCUGCAGUUAGUCACAGAAUAUAAUCAGCAGAAUUCUAUGAAAACCUUUGAUGUUGAUGUCGACAGUCACCUUCUGCUCUUUGCAGACAAGACCUCAAAGGACUUUAAUGAGAUUCACAAAGGCUUUAAAGAUGCAGCUGUUCAGUUCAAGGGCCAGAUAAUCUUUAUUUUGGUUGACACUAAUGAAAGUAGAAAUGGCCGCAUCAGUGAAUUUUUCCAUAUUCGGGACUUGGACAUACCUGCUGUUCGAAUGAUUAACAUAACAGAGGCAGUGAGAUACAGAAUGCAAGCUGACAAGGUCACAUCCGAAGCUGUGGAAAAAUUCUGCCUAGCAUACAUUGAUGGGAAAGAAAAGCCUGAAGAGCCCAGUGAAGAAAUUCCAGAAGAUUGGAAUAAGAAUCCUGUUAAAGUACUAGUGGGAAAAAAUUUUGAAGAAGUUGUGUUUAAUGAAACAAAGGAUGUCUUUGUGCUGUUUUGUGCUCCAUGGUCUCAGAGAUGCAAGGACAUUAAUUCUAUUUGGGAACAGCUGGGGAAGAAGUACAACAAUUCUGAGAAUAUUGUUAUUGCUAAGAUAGACAUUACAGCAAAUGAUGUUAAUUUUGCUGUCAUAGUUGAGAAGUUUCCGAGUGUAAUGUAUUUUCCUGCUGAUUCAGAGAAUAAGAUUGUACACUACACUGGAGCUCAUACUCUGGAAGCCUUAUCUCAGUUUCUGGACAAACAAGAAGAAUUAAAGAAACUUCGUGAAAAUUCACAUACUACAGAUGAAGAAAUAAAAGAUGAACUUUAA